AUGUCUCCAGUUGCUGAGUUUCCAAAAAUCAAGAAGGUGAGGACCUUUCUGCUGCCCGGUGUGGGUAUUGGUGGUGAUUACCACAAUGUCGAGAGAGGCCACUGGCUGAUCGACAACGCCAUUUCCAACCCUAUGUCCAAGUACCCCGAGUACAGAAAAUCGCGGGUUUCCUGGGGUAUCAACGUUCUCGGAUCCUUCUGUGUCGAGAUCGAGGCUACCGACGGAACCAAGGGUUUCGCUACAGGUUUCGGAGGUCCACCAGCAUGUUGGAUCGUCCACCAGCACUUCAACAGAUUCUUGGAGGGUGCUGAUCCAAGAGACUUCAACAUCCUGUGGGACAAGAUGUUCCGUGCUUCUAUGUUCUACGGUCGUAAGGGUUUGCCAAUUGCGGUUAUUUCCGUCGUUGACUUGGCCCUUUGGGAUUUGUUGGGAAAGAUCAGAAACGAGCCUGUGUACAAGAUGAUCGGUGGAGCUACUCGUGAAAGACUCAACUUCUACUGUACCGGAUCUAGACCUGAGGCUGCCAAGUCGAUGGGUUUCUGGGGUGGAAAGGUCCCUCUACCAUACGGUCCAGACGAAGGCCACGAGGGUUUGCGCAAGAAUGUCGAGUUUUUGACCAAGCACCGUGAAGCCAUUGGUCCAGACUUCCCAUUGAUGGUGGACUGUUACAUGUCCCUCAAUGUUUCGUACGCCAUUGACCUGGUCAACGCUACCGAGCACCUGAACAUCAACUGGUGGGAAGAGGUCCUCCACCCAGAUGACUUUGACGGUUUCCAACAGCUCAAGCGUGCCUGUCCUCGUACCAAGUGGACUACCGGUGAGCAUGAGUACACCAAGUACGGUUUCCGCAAGUUGAUCGAGGGUCGUAACAUUGACAUCUUGCAGCCAGAUGUUAUGUGGGUUGGUGGUAUGACCGAGUUGGUCAAGGUUGCUGCUCAAGCUGCUGCCUAUGACAUUCCAGUCGUUCCUCAUGCAUCUGGACCAUACUCCUACCACUUUGUUGUCUCCCAGCAAAACACUCCAUUCCAAGAGUACCUCGCCAACUCGCCUGACUCUUUGUCCGUGUUGCCUGUGUUUGGUGGGCUUUUCAUCGACGAGCCCGUGCCGGUCAAGGGUUACCUCGACGUUUCCGUCCUCGACAAGCCUGGUUUCGGUUUGACUUUGAACCCAAAGGUCCAGCUCAUUGAUGCUGAGUACAUUCUGACGCCAGGCCCAGAGAAGCCUUUGAGCAUUGAGGAGAAGAAAUAG